UGGGGAAAAGGCCCAGCAGGAGGGAAGCAGAGGCCUAAAUAGUCCAGCAGCAGCUGGUCUUUGCUGUAUAGGCCCUGGAGACCAGAAGCUGCCCAGCAGGAAACAUAAGUGGAGUUGUGACUGACGCCCGUCAGAGACCUGGACCCUGGAGGAUCCAGGGGCAGAGGAUGUGUCUCCAGAUUCUCUAAGUAUUCCGAUGGGUCUUUCUUCUUGUUCCAAUGGGGUCCCGACAGUCGUCUUGAUCCUGCUGUUCCUGUCUUCCACUGUUUUUUGCGAUUGCUUAACCCCAACCUUACCCCCCCAUUCUUCACUAAGAGGCUCAGAACCCCUAAAAGACAACUAUGCUACUGGAACUAAUUUGCGAUUAGUUUGCAUCUCAGGUUAUGAAGUUGUAUCUGGAACGCGUUCUACUCUGACAUGCUCUGCAGAUGGAACGUGGACAAAGAUUACUGAAUUAUGCCAAGGAAAGCGAUGUCCAGUUCCCCAUUUAGAAAAUGGAAGAAUAGAAUUGUCAGAUGAUCUCCGGCUUGGUGAAACAGCAACCUUGAGGUGCGAUUAUGGAUUCAGAAUGAUAGGUGAAAGUACCCUUCGAUGUGUUCUAAGAGGAGGCGAAGUUAGGUGGCACAGAGACCUUCCAUUCUGUGAACAGAUUCCUUGUGCUCGCCCUGAUAUAAUUUCCAAUGGAAGGUAUGAUGCUGAUCCUAGCGAUACAUAUGUUGUGGGCUCAUCUGUUGUAUACCGGUGUGAUGCUGAUUACUCUCUUAUUGGAAAUUCAACAAUUACCUGUACAGUUGCAGCUGAUGGUACGAAUGGACAGUGGAAUCUACCACCACCUGAAUGUAAAAAAGUCAGUUGUGUGAAACCAAGCAUCCGAAACGGGAGAUUGGCAACUCUAUAUAAACCUAACUAUAGAUAUGGUGAUAGAGUAACACUUGAAUGCAAUCCUGGCUAUACUUUGGUAGGGGCUUCUUGGGUUAGAUGCGGUGCUGAUAAUACAUGGAAGCCUUCACUUCCACGUUGUGACAAGACUGUAGCAACUACCAAACCAACUAGACCCUCUACACCAGUUCCUCCUGUCCCUCCUAUUGAUCCUCUUCCACCCCCUGGCCCCCCACCAAUUCCCCCUACCCUUGUUCCUCCAGAAGUAGAUGGGACUACUUUCAUUCCAAUGUUUCCAACCCAAAGACAAACAAUUCCCACAGUGGGAUCAGGAUCUGGAUCUGGAUCUGGAUCUGGCAAAAUUGUUGGAAUUGUUUUUGGAGUUAUUUUUGCACUUGUAGUUCUGGCUGCUUUGAUAUUUGCAGCUGUUGGAUGGUGGAAACAGAGGCAAGCUAAUGCUCUUGCUAAUAGUCAGGUAGCUUCAGAGAAAGAAAAAACAAUGGGUGAUCGGAGACCACAAAAAUUCCGAAGUAAAACUUCAGAAACUGUUCAACAUUUUUCUGCUUUAGAAUUGAAAACAGGGACUCCGUGAAGUUUGAGUUGAAAGCUUUAGUUAACUUCCAUAGUUCUACAGUUUUGCCAAUGGAUGAGGGAGUUAGUGCCUGAAACAGUUCAUAUUCGGUUUCCAGCAAAUGCUCCUUUUGCGUAUUUGCUGCUUUUAUAUCCUAGUAAUCUGUAUUUAUACCCUUUCCAGAUAUCUCUUAGAGGAUCUCUUUCUGUAUAUCUUGAGAUACAGAAUCUGAGGGAGCUGCCCAGGUAUCUGCUUGAGGGAUGAUGCCUUAUUCUGGUAACAGGGUACAAAGAUACUAGAAUGGAAGCAUUCUGCAAGUUCUCUUAAGUCUGUUUUUGAAUUCUCAUGACAUCAGAACAAGAGUCAUAUUUGUUUCUGGGGUUUUAAAAUUGUGCUAAAACUGUGCCUAUUAUAAAUUGUGAUCUGGUUUACAUUUUAGCAGUCAACAUAAACUUGAACCAAAUAAAUUAACUGAAACUUUUAGAAGACUUGUUGUAUAAUUUUUAUCGCUAAAUUCACCGUGACCAGAAACAGUUGUGCUUUAGUUUAAUGGAGCCCUGCCUGUAAUAUUCAACGUAUGGGUCAGGCAACAAGUGAUGAAAUGCCAGAAUAAAUGAAGAAGUGCUCUUGAGUAAAUAA